GUCCUGGAGGGAGAGCGGCGCAGGCAGAGGGCGGCUGGGCUUGGCAGUGACCGCUGAGGUCUCUCAGCCCAAGAGCCUCCUCCAUGGACCCCGGGAUCCUGAGAGGCGCUGCCUCAGCUUAGGAUGGGCAACUGUGUCAAGUCUCCACUGAGAAAUCUCUCAAGGAAGAUGCACCAGGAGGAGACUGCCAGCUACAGAGUGGUGCAGACCAGCGAGGAGGGGCUGGCGGCCAGCGGCGAGCUCCCCGGACCGCUCCUGAUGCUGGCCCAGAACUGCGCCGUCAUGCACAACCUGCUGGGCCCUGCCUGCAUCUUCCUGCGCAAGGGCUUCGCCGAGAACAGGCAGCCUGACAGAUCACUGCGGCCAGAGGAGAUAGAAGAGCUCCGAGAGGCCUUCAGAGAAUUUGACAAGGACAAGGACGGCUACAUCAACUGCCGAGACCUGGGCAACUGCAUGCGCACCAUGGGCUACAUGCCCACCGAGAUGGAGCUUAUCGAGCUGUCCCAGCAGAUCAACAUGAACCUGGGUGGCCAAGUGGAUUUUGAUGACUUUGUGGAGCUAAUGGGACCUAAACUCCUGGCGGAGACGGCAGAUAUGAUUGGUGUAAAGGAACUGCGAGAUGCUUUCCGAGAGUUUGACACCAAUGGUGAUGGGGAGAUAAGCACCAGUGAGUUGCGAGAGGCCAUGAGGAAACUCCUGGGUCAUCAGGUGGGACACCGAGACAUAGAGGAAAUUAUCCGAGAUGUGGACCUCAAUGGGGAUGGCCACGUGGACUUUGAAGAGUUCGUCCGGAUGAUGUCCCGCUGAGGCCGUGAGGGCCCCUCCAGGACUGCCAAGCUCCCACAGGCGGGAGAAGAGGGGCAGAGCUCUCCUCGCUCCGCUGCUGCAGCUGCCGAGAGCCCAGGAUGGACUGGUGGAGGGGGCCUGCUUGCACCCCGGACCCCCACCCUCCGCACUGUGAAAGACUCACAACUCCUGCAACUGGAAAGGGGGGCGCCCACCGACAAGGAGGCCACAGUGCCAAGCCCACAGAGGUUAUGCAAGGCGCCAAGUGCCAUGUACCCAGCCGCUGCCGGCUGGACGGGCCAGGGAGCCCGCCAGCAGAUCCCACAUAGCAUGUCUGCCCCAGGGCAAAGCCCUUGUUGCCCUCCUCAGCGCUGUGCCCAUCCCAGCUCGCCUCAGCCUUGUUAUCUCAGAACCAAUAAAAACAUUUCCGAGAGCAA